CUCAAAUAAAACGAAAAGAUCUUUUGAUAAUAAUUAAUUAUGGAACCAUAUUUCAAAAAUUCCAAGCCUGAUGCAGCUACAGUACGUAAUGCUCCAAAGAAAUUAUACGAGGAGUGCUUCCCCCGUUGCUUCCCUCAAGGUGCAACAGAGUACACUGACUCCAUGAUGCAAUGCGCUAUGAACUGCAAAUCUAAACUGUCCCAAUCUUUCCUCUCCUUCAAGGAGACAUACAGAGAAAGACUGGAAGAUGAUGGGUACGUGAUCGACGGUGAUUCCUACCAAAAUAAUCAAAAUCCUUUCUUAGGGAUGAAGUCAAACCCAAGGAUGCUAAAUGUCAAGAAGAACUUUAAAGUUGAAAUGGCCCCUGCUUCAAGUAAUUAUGUCUAAGCAUUCCUUAAGCUCUUCUUCUA